AUGUCGUCUGGCCGCCAGCGGUCCAAUUCGCGCACCCGCACUUCACGCCCCACGACACCACUUCGGCCCUCAUCCCGCUCGUCUUUCCGCGACUCUGCCCGCGCCAGCACAAGCGGAGGUACCGAUUCAUUUCCCUUGAACGUCUUCGAGCCAGCUUUUGCAGAGUUAUCGGACGCUGUGGCCGACCUGGAAGCCAAUAUGAUGCACUUUCAGCUCAUGCACGAAAGCCUCUCACGGUUUAGCGAGUCGUUCGCGAGUUUUCUGUACGGGUUGAAUAUGAAUGCAUUCUGUGUGGAUUUCCCAGAGGGUCCUAUUGCAGAGUCAUACAGACGCCCUCAACUAACAGAAGGUGAGCAAAGUGCCUACGCAACCCGAGGCAACGACAGAGCUGUGGGACCCGAGGUCGACAGCGAAACAACAUUCAUGACUACCGACACAUCCUUUGUUGAGAAUCCAGCCCCUACAGCUAUGCCAGCUGCUAAACACAAGGGCCCAGACUCAAGACCUUCACGGGUCCCAGCACCUUCUACACGUGGCCCUUCCUCCACUCGUGGUGUUAGAGGCGGCCGCCAAGUUGCACCCGAGACGCAAAGAGGCCGCUCUAGUGGGCUUGCGAGGGCUAGGGGCCGAGGCCUGAGGUGA